GAAGUAGGCUUCUUUAUUUAUCCUGACUCCUGACGUGAUGUGAUCAUGGCGGCCAGAGUGUUAGGGUCGAUCCUGCGUAAAAAUGCAGGAUUUUUCGGCGCAGGCAGAUUAUUGGCGCCGAACAAUGCACCGGCGAUCGCCAAUGUGCAACUUCGCAACGGUCACCAAUGGAACCCGGACUUAGAGUACCUCGAGCAGUUCAACAAGCCGUUUGUGUUCAACAACGACAAGCUCGAUUGGCAGCCACCAGACAAGGAGUCCCGCCUCGCGCAAACUCCCUCUGCGGAGCAGACCAUACAGAACAUCAAGCUCAACUUCGGCCCGCAGCAUCCUGCCGCCCACGGCGUACUUCGCUUGAUCCUGGAACUGGACGGCGAAAUCGUGCUCAGCGCAGAUCCGCAUAUAGGUCUCCUGCACCGCGGCACGGAGAAGCUGAUCGAGUACAAGACCUACAUGCAAGCGUUACCUUACUUUGAUCGCCUGGACUAUGUGUCCAUGAUGUGCAACGAGCAAUGCUUCUCCCUGGCGAUAGAGAAGUUGCUCAACAUAGAUGUGCCUCUGCGCGCAAAGUACAUUAGAGUUCUUUUUGGGGAAAUCACGAGGAUUCUGAAUCAUAUUAUGGGCAUUGGAACACAUGCGUUGGACGUUGGUGCGCUCACACCUUUUUUCUGGUUGUUCGAGGAGCGUGAGAAGCUGAUGGAAUUUUACGAACGUGUGAGCGGUGCUCGCAUGCAUGCAGCCUAUGUGCGACCCGGUGGAGUCUCGCUUGAUAUACCAUUAGGUUUAAUGGAUGAUAUAUACGCAUGGGCGUCGCAGUAUUCGGAGCGAUUGGAUGAAGUGGAGGAUCUGCUGACGGAAAAUAGAAUCUGGCGGCAACGUACAAUCGACAUCGGCGUUGUGACUGCGGAGGACGCGUUGAAUUGGGGUUUUAGUGGCGUGAUGUUACGAGGUUCUGGAAUAAAGUGGGAUUUGAGGAAAGUUGCACCUUAUGACGCUUAUCAUUUGGUUGACUUCGACGUACCAAUUGGCACAAACGGUGAUUGCUACGACAGGUAUCUAUGCCGAGUCGAAGAAAUGCGUCAAUCUCUGCGCAUUAUCCAUCAAUGCCUGAAUCAAAUGCCUGAAGGCGAAGUGCGAUGCGAUGAUGCCAAGAUAGUGCCGCCACGGCGGGAGGAGAUGAAAAGUAGCAUGGAGGCGCUUAUUCAUCACUUCAAGUUGUUCACCCAGGGUUUCCAGGUGCCUCCGGGAGCUACGUAUACCGCGAUUGAGGCGCCGAAAGGCGAGUUCGGCGUUUAUCUUGUGAGCGAUGGGAGCAGCAAGCCAUAUCGGUGCAAGAUCAAAGCGCCCGGCUUCGCUCACUUGGCAGCUCUGCAAUUUAUGGGACCCAAGCACUUCCUCGCAGAUGUGGUCGCCAUCAUCGGUACAUUAGACGUGGUGUUCGGCGAGAUCGAUAGAUAAACACUUCGAUAGUUGAUAAUCUGUAUAGUGAAAACGUAUCUCAAAAAUAAGGUAAGCUAAAAUUAUCUAUAUAAUAUACAUAAAAGUGAGAUACAUUUGUGGGUGUGAUACAUCUUUAUGUAAUCGCACGUGCAUAUGUAACUAUGUGAUGAGCAUAGAAAUAUUGUAUAUAUCUUGUCGCAAUAAAAAAUAUGACGAAAAAAAUUUA